AUGUCAACGCCCCCUAUCGAGGGCAGCUCGGAGGGCGCUGACCCCACACUGCCCGAAGAUGGUUUACACAUAUUGCCGAUGGAGCCGAUAGACACGGAAACCGUCGACACGAGUGACGGCGAGGAAUCCGAAAUUGACGAGGAUGAUAUUGUUCAUCGCGUCAUGGACGUCGACGAGGAGCUCGAAUUGCGAAUGCACAAUGCGCGCGCGGUUCGCGAAAUAUUCGGCGAUGAGAUUGCCGAAAUGCCGGCCAUCGAGGAGGAUUUCGACUAUAUGCGCAUGUUGAUUGAGAAUUUCGUUCGUGAUGGCAAAUAUGAUGAUAGCGACGGCGAAUUUUCGGAUGCGUCCGAAGACGAGGUUGACGAUGAACAGGAGGAUGAGGAAGAGACUGAAAGCGAGCAGAUGGAAGAUGAAUCUGACGAUGAAUCCGACGAUGAUGAUAUAAGAACGGUGGAGUUGAUCGAAUCAGGCGAGGAAGAAGAGGAACUCGAAAGAAUGGAUAUAGGAUACGAAUUUGGAGUCGAUUUUGAUGAUGACGUUAUGGAAUAUCGGGAUGAAUCCGAAGCGUCGCUAGGGGAAGAUAGAGAGGAAGGAGAAGCAUCUGGAGAGGACGAAAUGACCGAUGCCGGGUUUGGAGACGAAUCGGGAGAUGAGGAAAGUUCGGAAGCAGGGUCCCGAAAUGAAUCGGGCUAUGAAGAACAGUCGGAAGCGCCUUCGGGAGACGAAUCCGGAGAGGAAGACGAACAAGCUGAUAUAGUGGAAGAAGGAAUCGGAGAAGAGUCUGGAGAGGAAGAAGACGGCGAAUUGGUGGAAUCUGAGAAUAAAGUCGGCGGAGAAACAUCAGAGGAAGGCGGCGGAGAAGAAGCUGGAGAGCACGAAGAGAUUGCGGAAAGAAUCGAAACCACUGGGGAGAAAGGUGACGAAGAAGAAGAAGAUAAAGAAGAACAAGCUGAAGGAGGCGGAGAAGAAUCUGGAAAUGAAGAAGAUGACGUAAUGGCAGGGGAAGAGGUUGAAGGUGGUUCUCGAGGGGAAGCAGAAGAGGCCCAACCGGUAGAAAAUGUGGUUGACGCUGAAGGAGACGGACAAGUAGAAGAAGAAGCGGCCGAAGAAGCUGGAGAUGAAGAGGAACGAGAGGGAGAUGAGGAAGACGAAGAAUCGGAAGUGAUUGAGCUUGACGGCGAUGAUGAGGAAGGAGUGGAAGUCAAAGAGGAAGAUGGCCUUUAUGACGAAGAAAAUGAUGAGGAUGAAGAGGAGGAAGAGGUUCAAGACGAGGAUGAAGAAGACGCUGAAGGAGAGGAGGAGGAGGAUGAAGAAGAAGAUGCCGAAGGAGAGGAGGUUGAGGGCGAGGAAGAAGAAGAAAAUGGUGAAGGUAAUGAAGUCCAAGAUGAGGAAGGAGACUCAGAUGUCGAGGAAGAAGAUGAGGAGGAGGAGGAAGAAGAGGAACGUCAAGAUGAUGAGGAAGAAGACAAUGAUUCGGAUGUCGUUGAAAUUGAAAUGGACGAAGGUAGUGAAGGAGACGGAUUCGGAGGCAUUAUACAAGAAGUUGAAGGCGAUGAUGAUUUUGAAGAGGUUGAAGCCGAAGGACAGGAAGCUGAACGAGAAGAAGAUCGUCAAGAAGAGGAUGGGAGACUUGAAGGCGAGGAGCCAGAGAUUGAAGGAGAGGAAGAAGAAGAAGAAGGCGAUGGAGAAGAAGAAUAUGAAGGUGUGGAGGAAGAAAUGGACGGCGAGGAAGUUGAGGACGAAGGUGGUUAUGAUGAAGAAGAAUUUGAAGAGGAAGAAAUGAUAGGCGAGGAGGAGAAUGAAUUUGAAGGCGUAGAAGUGAAACAAGAAAUAAUCGAAGACGAGGAUGAAGAGGAAUUUGUAGCCGACAUGGAAAUUAAACAGGAAAUAAUAGAAGACGAAGAUGUGGAGGAAGAUGGAGAAAGCGAGGAAGUUGAAGAGGAAGUUGAAGAUGAAGAUGAUGAAUAUGAAGAUGAGGAAGAAGAGGAUGAAGAGGAAGAAGAAGAGGAAGAAGAAAAUCGAUUAGAAAUUAAAAAUGAAGUGGAUGAGAAAUAUGAGCCGCUAGACUUCUUCCAAAAACUUCGCAAAGAGCGCGGAACUCGCCAAUUCCUCAUUCCUCGCGUCGAUCCCUCGAAUAUUAUCAAUUGGACGGCGGAACUCGAGCGAGAGGAGCUGAUACAAGAGCUCCGAGAGCUCAAAGAGGACGACUCGUCCGACGACGAAACGCCGGCGUAUGAUGUGCGGAAGCGACCGAGCGCCGUUGAAGGGAUUCCUGGCUAUCUGGAUCGCGACUGGGCGAUGGAAACGAUUCGCAAGAAUGAGGUGACGCCGUUGAAGCAUUGGAUCAUUAUGACAAUGUCGACAAUGUGCAAAACGAGCUAUGGUGUCAAAUUUCGUCCUGAUAUUUACGAAGACUUCUCUGAUGUCUAUAAAGUUGUUAAGAAUGAUAACGAGGAAUCGUUUUAUCUUGUUCCCAGACCUCAUCAUGAUGCCAACGAGUACAUUUCGGAUAUGUUCUUCCCAUUAGAAAGGCAUCGAUUGAUGAACGCGUUGCGAAACGCUCAUUUGGCUGUUGUCGCGCGCGAAGAAGCCGAAUUUGAGGAGGCGGAACAAGCGGCUGCCGACGUCUACUUCAAUGGAAUGAGCAAUGCCGAUAUUGUUGAUGAUAUGAGGCGACGAUUCAGAAAUGGCAAUUGGGAAGCGAACGGCGAGAAAUUGACGAGAGCGCAUCUCGAGCGAAUGGCGACCGCAAUCGGCUCAUUCGUCGCCGAAGAGAUUCCGCGAAUGAAAGGCGUGUUCUACGAGAAGAUCGAGUCGAAGAUCGACGAGCAGAAAAACAAUCAUUCGCACAUGUCGACGAUUCGCGAGUCGGUGAGAGAGACGGAUGAAGAAUCGACGGGAUCGUCGCGCGCGUCGACGCCGUCGAACGAACCAGCGGACGUCGCGCGCGGUAGCAAUUCGCCGCCGUUGAAGAUAUUCAAAAAGACGCGAGAGCAGAAGAUGCGCGAGCGGCAACGCCGACGCGAAUGGCGAAUGCAAAAACUGCGUGAGCGAUUCGAUGAGCAGCAAGAUAUUCGACUUGACAUCGAAGCGCGCGACCGUCAAAUUCUUGAGCAGGAGAUGAUGGGUUGGUUAAAGCCGCUUCAGGCGUUGUCGGCGGCUGAAGUCAAAUUUUGGGAGCGCGAGACGGAUGUGACGAUGCAAGAGUUGGCGACGCUCGCGCGCAACAAUCGACUUCGUCUCAAUUAUUUGAAUGAGCCUGAAGAGCCCGAGUAUGAACCAAUUGAGGUUGACGAGCCGGACGAGCCGCGACUCGAAAUUCGCGAAGAGCCGGAAGAAGAUCCGCAAUUCGAGUAUGGCGCUCGAGACGUCGAUUUUGAUGUGAUCGAGCAGAUUCAACGCGACAAUGAGCAACGACCGAGGGUUGGAGGCGAUGGUCGAUUCAAGAGGAUCAAGCUGAAGGUGCCGAUUCCGAUUCCCGAGCGCGUCGAGCGAAAUUUGGAGCGACGUCGCGAGCUUAACGAGCGCCUAGCGCGACUUGAUCCAAAGCCGCCGACGCAAGAGGAUUACGGAAAUUAUCAGAUGAGGAUUUACUAUCGCAAGUUCUUCGAGAAGCAGGAGGAGAAUCGACGAGAACACGGCGAUCGAUAUGGUCCGCCGAUUGCCGAAGCGCAAGCGUAUGGUGUGACGACGAGAUUCCGUGGAACGACGCCGAGACUUGUGAAUAGUCCAGCGCAAGCGCUUUUCCGCGAAGCGUUUGCCUCGCCGAAACCGAAGAGAUUCGAUCCGAACACUCCCAGCACGUCGUCGGCAUCAUUCGCGCCGAGACACCGACGUGCACUUCAUACCGAGUUCGACGAGAAGGAGGAUCCGAUGGAGCCCGAGGAGGAGAAUGACGAGAUUGAAGAGGAGCCGAACGAGGAAGAAGCUCAAGAGCAGGACGAGGAGACGCCGACGACGACGACGAUGCGACACUAUCGCAAACGUCGAGGAGCGGCGGCAGCGGACACGCCGACGACGGCGGACAAGAAGGCGAAGCGUCAAUUAAACGAGAAGGCGAAUGACGAGCCGCCGAAGAAGAAGGCAACUGGACGAGGGAAGCGAAGUGCGGCCUCCAGCGCCUCGAAGAAGGAUGAACCGUUGUACUGUAUUUGCAAUAAGAUUUCGUACGGUGACAUGGUCGGUUGUGACAACAGCAAAUGUGUGCUGGAGUGGUUCCAUUUCGAAUGCAUUGGUCUUACAUCGAAACCGAAAGGCAAAUGGUAUUGUCCGGAAUGCCGCCAUCCGGAGCUUGGCGAGAAGCAUCAACGAUCGGAUUCGCCGCCACCAAACACACGCUCAACUCGCAGCCAAGAGAAAUAA